AUGGAUUACUAUGCUGAUCAUUGUGCACAGCACAGUACGGCAAGAAAUGGCUUGUUUUCCCAGUUAUUGAAUCCAUCAGGAGAGCUGUGUGACAGUACAGAGUCUGACCAAGUGCUGGGAGAUUUAACCACUAAAGUUCCCAGUUACUACUCAGGACCACGACUUUCUUUUCCUCUUACAGCUUUUGAUGCCACUGUAUUGCUUAAAGCAUUCAAGCAGCGGAAACAGCUUCACAGCUUGUACGUGCUUCAGCUCCUGCAAGAGACCAAGAAAAUUGUGAAAAAAAUGCCAAACAUCAUCCACCUUUCAACCCAUUACUCCAAGGAUAUAACAGUUUGUGGAGACUUACAUGGGAAGCUAGAUGACCUGCUGCUAAUAUUCUACAAGAAUGGCCUUCCUAUGCCAGAGAAACCUUACGUGUUUAAUGGGGACUUUGUUGACAGAGGGGAAAAUUCCAUGGAGGUUAUAAUUAUCCUCUUUGCAUUUCUUCUGAUCUUUCCAAACGAUGUCCAUUUAAACAGAGGAAAUCACGAGGAUUAUGUUAUGAAUAUAAGGUAUGGUUUUCAAAAAGAAGUUUUGCGGAAGUACAAGACACAAGGGAAAAGAAUACUUCAACUUGUCCAAGAUGUGUUCAGAUGGCUGCCAUUAGCAACAGUUAUUGACUCUAAGGUGCUAGUGAUCCAUGGUGGGAUCUCAGACACAACAGACCUGGAUUUCCUGGCUUCAAUAGAAAGACAAAGGUUUAAAUCCCUACUCAGGGUACAGAGAAGUCUGGAAAAGUGUGAAGAAACAUACCAGAAGAAACACUGUUUGGAGCAAUAUCCUUCAAAGAAGCUAGAUCAUGAUGGCAGGGUCUGUGAAACACUGCUGAAUGACCAAGGCAACAAAAGGCUUGACUCAUCACCAUCUUCAUCAUCUCCCUCAAUGUCAACUUGUACUAAGCAUUAUGAAGACCAAUGCCACUUGAGUAAAUGUGCCAUGUCCCCGAGCAAUUCAAACUACCAACAAGAUCAGAUGUUGGAUUGUAACAAACACGAGAUGACUGAGUACAAUGUGUACAAUGCCACCAAAAUCUUACACAUGUCCUACAUGAACUGUGCAAUGGAAUUUCCUGAAGUACCACCAAGAGAAGAACUGGAGUGGAAGCAGAUUGCAGAUGUUCUUUGGAGUGACCCUCGAAACCAAGCUGGCUGUGUGCCCAACACCAUCCGAGGAGGAGGCUGUUACUUUGGUGAAGAUGUCACAGAUAGGGUGCUGAAAAAGUAUAACUUGAAACUAAUUAUAAGAUCACAUGAAUGUAAACAGGACGGCUAUGAAGUGUGCCACAAUGGAAAGGUUAUCACUAUAUUUUCUGCUUCUAAUUACUAUGAAGAGGGCAGCAAUCAAGGAGCUUAUAUCAAACUUGGUCCUGAUUUGAUUCCUCACUUUGUCAAAUAUCGUGUUAGUAAAUCAACAAGGAAGCUGACUCUUAAGGAAAGAGUGAGUGUGAUUGAAGAAUCUGCCCUGAAAGCUCUGCGUGAAAAGCUGUUUGCCCACAAAUCUGGAGUUAUUGCCGCCUUCAGAAAGUAUGACCCGGACUAUACAGGGAAGAUUUCACUCGGUCAGUGGGCCUUGGCUGUGGAUUCUGUACUCCAUCUGAACCUGCCUUGGAGGACCAUACGGCCUCGGCUGGUACGGACCAGUGCUGACGGCACUGUGGAUUACCUCUCAACCUUUGAGUGUUUUCAGACUGAGCACCCCAUGAAAGAGGUUCAACCAAUCCUGAUUGAAGCCAUGUACAGGCAUCGUGCAGACCUGGAAAUCAUUUUUGGAAUAAUUGAUAAGGAUCAUUCAGGAUUAAUCUCCAUGGAGGAAUUCCGCCAGACCUGGAAACUUUUCAGUUCCCACCUGCACAUCCAUCUGGAUGACCAGUCUGUAGAUGACCUGGCCCGGAGCAUUGAUAUCAACAAGGAUGGCAGCAUAGACUUCAAUGAAUUUCUGGAAGCUUUCCGCCUGGUGCAGAAGGAUAACAAGUAAAACUCUAAAUACUGAGGAAGAACAUUGAUCUUGUUGGAUUAGACUGUAUGAUUGUUACUAUCUUUUGUAGUUGAACAAUCUGUACCUGCUGGUAUUUUAUAUAACUACCUGUAUACAUGUAACUGUUAGUAUGUUUCCUGGUGGUCACAGUAUGUUUAUGCAAUUG